UUUGUUUUUGAGUAGAAACUUAUAGUUUGAAAUGAGCAUCGAUGAAAAACCUAUAAUUCAGUAGGUUAUGAAUAAAAAGCAUUACAUAAAGACAAAACAUAUUGCAAAUGUCCAUUGUCAAACCCACCUAUAGAUAAGGCCAUGCUUGUAAAAGAAGGUAUUGUUAUAAUAUGAAGGCAAGCUUUUAAUUAAUACCUUCUUUCUCAACCUUGAAUUCGUUAAUGUUUUCACGGAUGAUGGGAAAAUAAACUCCAAUGGUGGCUCUGAUUUUUUGGGCAUACCGCGAGAGGCAGUAUCAGAAGCACUACAGAAGAAGAAUUAUGGCAGCGCCUUCCUUCACCCAGGGAAUGUAAGAGAGCAGAAUCUAUCAUGAUAUCAUGUGAUUAUCCAUCAACUAUAGAGGCAACCGGCUUUUGUUCUCUGCCGAACACCGUGGUUACAGAGAUUAUUAACAGCCACCAAUUAGAGAUUGUAACACUAGCUAAUCUAUCCUCUUUGACAGUAAUCACUGAAAAUGAUGCUGUUCCAUUGGGAUAUGCUGACACUGUCGUAAAUGAAAAGCCUUUCUGUUUAUCUAGAGCUUCAAAGAACUAAUUCUGCAGAAGCAUAAAAGGGGAAGAUCAAGAAGUUUGGUCAAAUUAGUAAAUCAAUCUUCUUUUCUUUGUUAAUUUUGUCUACUCUCCAACUAUAUAAGUGGUUGAAACAUUGAUAACAAGGUCUUUAAUUAGACCAUAUAUACAUGUUCACAAUGAACAGGACCGAAUUUUAUCUAGAAUGAAAAUUUUCAAAGA